AUAAAGAUGGUCCUGUCAGGAACAGCCGUCCCCUGACUGAGUUGGCGUUUACACGUCUUGGGGAAGUUCAACUCAAUCGACAAACGAGUGGAGUUUCACUUUGGUCCCAAGUUUAUUUUGUGUGUCUGAAAGUUUCCUGGCUGCUGAAAGUUGUUUUCUGUCUGUAGUGUGUUUGCCACCAGACAUGGCCUCGGUUGGAGCUGCCUGCCUGCCGGCUGUGCGGAGGAUCGCUGUGUUCGGGGGCACCCACGGCAAUGAGCUGUCGGGGGUAUUUUUGGUCAGGCACUGGCUCCGGGACAGGUCGGAGAUCCAGAGAGCGACGUGCGAGGUCCACCCUUUCCUCACCAACCCUGCCGCCGUGCAGCGGUGCACCCGCUACGUGGACUGUGAUUUGAACCGAGCCUUCACCGCGGAAAACCUGAGCUUGUCACAAUGUGACUCCAUGCUUCACGAGGUGAGGAUCGCACAGCAGAUCAACCAGAUGUUCGGGCCAAAAGGCAGCGACUCUGCCUACGACCUUGCCCUUGAUCUUCACAACACCACGUCCAACAUGGGCAACUGCCUGAUCCUGAAGACAUCCAACGAUGAUUUCACCAUCCAGCUGAUUCAUUAUAUCAAGAAUACGUUGGCGUUUAGUAAUUGUAACGUGCUGCUGCUUGAAAACGCAGCGGUUCAAUACGGUGCGAUAAGAAUGGUUGCCAAGCACUCUGUGGGUCUGGAAGUGGGACCCCAGCCACAAGGUGUGGUGAGGGCAAACAUUUUGGAGAACAUGAGGAAGCUGGUCAAUAGUGCGUUGGACUUCACACAAUUCUACAAUGAAGGCAAGGAAUUCCCACCAUGUACGCUUGACGUUUACAAGGCAUUUGAGAAGGUCAACUACCCCAGGGAUGAGGAAGGACAGAUUAUUGGCAUCAUUCACCCUCAGCUGCAGGACAGUGACUGGAAAGAACUGAAUCCGGGUGACCCCUCGUUCCUGACCUUGGACGGCAAGACCAUUACUUACAGCGGCAGCAGUGCUGUGUACCCGGUGUUUGUGAACGAAGCGGCUUAUUAUGAGAAGGAUUCGGCCUUUCUGUUAACUCAGAAAGUCACGCUGACGGCAAACAGUGUGAAGGUGUCUAAACAUUAACCCAAGGAAUCCUCCUCAAAGUCUUAAAUGAUGUCAGACCAAAGAUGGGUCCCGACAGUAGCACGUACAAUGGAUGGGAAACCUGGUGGUUACUCUUAUAUAUAUACAUAUAUAUGUUUAAGAAAGAACUGCAGAUGCCGGUAAAAUUGAAGGUAGACACAAAAUGCUGGAGAAACUCAACG